ACUGCAGCAUUUGAAAAUACUGACAUCUUCCUGCGAAUCGCGGCAGGCGCCCUUGUGCCGCAUUUAAUUUUAGUAGAAAUUAGGCGAAUUUGUGUUUGGAAAAGAUGUACAACGACGAGGUGCGAACGCCGCAAGCCCUCAAGAAUCGAUAUUUCACGAAUCUCAGUGGACUCAAGUGCCGGGCGCGCAGAAAUAGCCACACAAACAGCAACAACUCGACGGCGUCGGCGGCAACGCCAACGAAUGGCGGCAAGGAAAAUCGAAAAUGCAGCCCCCAAAUGUCGGGAAAUGGAAAUGUGUGCACCCCGCCCCCAAAAAGGCUGCACAAGGUGCGCAAUCCUUUUGAAGGCGCGAUGGCGGAUCGUUUGCACCUGCCGCUGAUUGCCAGUCCGUCGCUUUUCCGAUCAAGGACCCCCCAACUUUCGUCCACUCAGUUCGAGUGGAAUAUAGACGAAGUCUCCCAGCUGAAACCAGCCGAUGUGGAGCCCCACGAAACACAGUUCCACGAUUCCCCCGAUCCCGAGCAGGAAUCAAAGGCCCAGCUGGCCAUCAGUGCCUUUUUCAAGGAGUCGCACAUUGUGCCCAGUCCCGUCGAUUGUCCGCUGAGGAAACAGCGCAUUAUACUCAACCACAACGAGGAUAACACCCCCAUAUCCAACAAGUCCCGGAGGAAGAGGGACUGCGAGGUCCAAACGGAACUCACUCUGCCUCCGAUACUGCCAAAGGCCCUGGAAGAUGCACUGCGUCCCUAUUUCCAGCCUCACUUGGCCGGCCGCCUGUCGGGCAGGAGUAAGUCGAGUGGCGGCCACGACAUAUUCAACAGUUCCAUGCGCAGGAAACUCUUUGAUCUGCACAAUGUCAUUGUCUUGGGCGAGCAAGAUCCCGGCGAGCAGUCAUCACCCAUGGUGGGCUCCAGUCCACAGGGCAAGCAGACUAUGUUUGCGGGCAGGCUAUCGGACUCCGCCUCCGGAGAAGGAAGUUUCGGCUGCCUUUCGCCGAUCAGAAACCUCUGCGGUCUGCCGCCAGGAACGCCGGAUGAUGGCAAUUGCUCCGGGAAGAGGAAACUACUCAUGCAGGAGCUGGGGCUGCCAUCGCCCAUUGCUCCGUCCGAGCAUCUCAGCCGGAGAUUGGUGUACUCCAAGGUGGAGGUCAGCGUCACAGAGCAGCAGGAUACGUUGUCGGAGCGCACGGCCUUGAAAUUCACGCCAGACAGGAGUUCCUCGCCGAUGGGCGCCUUGGAGCACUCGGAUUGCAGCAUAAAUCAGAGGGUUCGUCGACUGCGGGUGAAUAGCACACGACAGGUGGUGAUUGAGGCGGGGGAUCAGCCGCUGUUCGAGGAGACCGAAGAGGAGGAGGAGGAGGAGGCUGAAUCGGGGGAGGACGAGGAAGGAGAGGCCGAGGCCAUGCAAUUGUCGACCCUGAGUUUCAAUUGCAGCUCAUCCAAUUCGGAUACUCCGCGAGGACAUAAAAGACAUCGUUCCGCACAGCGCAAGAAUCUAUCGCAGUCAUUCAGUGCCAAUUUGGAGGACCAGGAGCAGGAUCAGGAUCCGGAAGCGAUCCUGCAAGCGGAGUUACCCUUGAUCGUGGUGCCACAGCAAGGACCCAGGAUUCCGCUUUAUCGCACCGACAGUGGCUUCAACGAGACCUCGAGUACCUCGACCUUUGCCUGCUCCCAGGACUUACCAUUGGACGUGUCCAUGGCCUGCUGCUCCACUCCCUCCACCCGCUCUUGACCUCUGCAAUCCGCUCUUCUAGUUCGUAGGCUAUUUAAUGCAAUAACUCCUUUUCCCAGGCUAAAGAGAGGAAGACUCGUGUUUUAACUGCAAUGUAAACCCACCGUUUAUAUAUUUUUUAUUAAUAAUUUUUGUGUUCUUAGUGAAAAUUGCCAAAUAGUCAAGUAAGCUGCCCGUUUCUGUCAUUCAUUAACCUUAUUCAUUGUCAUUGUGUUGUUUAGGGAAUUCAAUAAAGAAAUCUUUUGAUGCCAUAUUAUGUUUAAUAAACGGAGAUAAAUUUUUAUUACA